AUGCACAUGCUUUUGAGAGACGACAUAACCUCCCAGCGUGGCUGGGAGGAGCCCUACGCCUCAGGGAAGGCAGAGAUGCUGCCAAGUCAGCUCCUUAGAGAAAUCCAAACAGCUCAUGGAAACGAGGCGGAUGAGGUCAGGUUGUGCGCAGGGCUCCUGGAGCGCACGCCGCCCCCACACUGCGCCUGCGCCACCGCCGCUCUCAGCCUUGCUGAUGCUCUCAGCCCUGCUGAUGCUCUCAGCCGAAUGACAUCCUGGGCCACAGAGGGUGACAGGUUUCCAGGUAUCAAAUCAGAGAAUCAUGAGCAGUGCGUCUCCUUCUGCUGCGGCUGUGCCGCUCUGCUACGAGCACCUGAACGGAUCCUGUGUGAAAACCCCCUACUCACCGGGUCCCCGCCUCAUCCUCUACACCGUGUUCAUCUUUGGAGCUGUGCUGACUGUAUUUGGAAAUCUCCUGGUGAUGAUUGCAAUUCUCCACUUCAAGCAGCUGCAUUCUCCUACCAACUUCUUGAUCGCCUCUCUGGCCUGUGCAGACUUCUUGGUGGGUUUGGCACAGGAGCAAAUGCAGCUGGCCUGGAGGAUCUAGUAAGUGCUCUCACCUGUGUGGGAGGCUGUCAAAUUGCAGUGAAUCAGAGUUGGGUAUUGGUGAAUUUUCUAUUAUUUUUCAUCCCCACCCUUGUGAUGAUAGUUCUUUACUCCAAGAUUUUCCUCAUUGCUAAACACCAGGCUAGACAAAUUGAGAGUCUGAGCAAUAAGACUGGGCGAUGCUCAGACAGAUACCAAGACAGAGUGGCCAGGAGGGAGAGGAAGGCCGCAAGAACGCUGGGCGUCGCAGUGCUAGCGUUUCUGAUCUCCUGGCUGCCUUACUUCCUGGACUCCAUCAUUGACGCCUUCCUAGGUUUCAUCACUCCCACGUAUGUUUAUGAAAUCCUGGUUUGGAUUGCUUAUUAUAACUCAGCUAUGAACCCUUUGAUUUAUGGUUUCUUUUAUCCCUGGUUUCGAAAAGCCAUCAAACUCAUUGUCACUGGCAAAGUCUUGCGAGAGAAUUCCUCAACAGUAAAUUUAUUUUCUGGGUAA